CGAGCACGCGGACGCGCGGCCAUGGGCGGCGACGGGGAGCCCUGCGGGCAGCCGAGGCUGCGGGGGGCGCCGCUCCCCACCUUCCGCUGGGAGCAGAUCCGCUCGCACGACUUGCCGAGCGACAAGUGGCUGGUCAUCGAGCGCCGCGUCUACGAUAUCAGCCGCUGGACACAGAAGCACCCGGGAGGCAGCCGGCUCAUCGGCCACCACGGCGCCGAGGACGCCACGGAUGCCUUCCAUGCCUUCCACUCAGACCUCAAUUUUGUGCGCAAGUUCCUGCAGCCUCUGCUGAUUGGUGAGCUGGCCCCGGAUGAGCCCAGCCUGGAUGGACUUCAGAAUGCACAGCUGGUGGAGGACUUCCGAGCCCUGCGCCAGACCGCUGAGGACAUGAAGCUGUUCGAGGCCAAUCCUACCUUCUUCCUGCUUCUGCUGGGCCACAUUCUCACCAUGGAGGUGCUAGCCUGGCUUCUGGUCUACCUCCUGGGCCCCGGCUGGGUGUCCAGCACCCUUGCCGCCCUCAUCCUGGCCCUAUCGCAGGCUCAGAGCUGGUGCCUGCAGCACGACCUGGGCCACGCCUCCGUCUUCCAGAAGUCCCGCUGGAACCACCUGGCCCAGCAGUUUGUGAUGGGGCAACUGAAGGGUUUCUCUGCCCACUGGUGGAACUUCCGCCACUUCCAGCACCACGCCAAGCCCAACAUCUUCCACAAAGACCCAGAUGUGACCGUGGCGCCCAUCUUUCUCCUGGGAGAGUCGUCCAUUGAGUACGGCAGGAAGAAACGCAGAUACCUGCCCUACAACCUGCAGCACCUGUACUUCUUCCUGAUUGGCCCGCCGCUGCUCACCCUGGUGAACUUCGAGGUGGAAAACCUGGCGUACAUGCUGGUGUGCCUGCGCUGGACGGACUUGCUCUGGGCUGCCAGCUUCUACUUGCGCUUCUUCUUGUCCUACACCCCCUUCUACGGUGUCCCUGGAGUGCUGUUCUUCUUUGCUGCUGUCAGGGUCCUGGAGAGUCACUGGUUCGUGUGGAUCACACAGAUGAACCACAUCCCCAAGGAGAUCGGCGGGGAGAAGCACCGCGACUGGGCCAGCUCCCAGCUGGCAGCCACCUGCAACGUGGAGCAGUCCUUCUUCAACGACUGGUUCACCGGACACCUCAACUUCCAGAUCGAGCAUCACCUCUUCCCCACGAUGCCGCGGCACAACUACCGCAGGGUGGCCCCGCUGGUCAAGGUCCUGUGCAGGAAGCACGGCCUCACCUAUGAGGUGAAACCCAUCCUCACCGCCCUGGUGGACAUUAUCAGGUCCCUGAAGAAGUCUGGUGACAUAUGGUUGGAAGCCUAUCUCCACCAGUGACAGCAGCUCCUGGGCAGACGCAGUGAGGGCUCAGGGCACCAGUGACCACCGAGCUGGCUCCAAGCAGGACUGACCCCCA